UCUCAUCUCAAAGUAAUGAAAAAUUGAGGAUCUCUUUGUUAGUUUUAUGCCUUUCAUUCUUGCUAUGCCACCUCAAAGAUCAUAAAUUUAUGUUAAAUCUAUAGUCUAUAACACAGGGAUCAAUAUUAUCAUAGAAUUGAGGAAAUCACCACAGUAUUUACAACACAAUUUACCUUUUUAUCUGGAGAUUCAGUGAAAAUUUUUCAAUUCCCGCUGCACAUUUACGACAUUAACCGUGAAGGGGUCGUCAACCCGGAAGUAAAAUUAUUCCUUCCUUAUGAGUUCCUUGGAAUUUCAAUGAAUUUGGUGGCGAAAUGGCUCCUGUAACCUCCUUUGCAGAUGUAUUUUGGGGUGGAGAUUUUUGCAGUACUCAAGGAUUUGAAACAAUAUGUCGUCGAAUGAAGGAAGGGCGUUCUUCAACAAAAGAUUUUGAAGAUUUCCUAAAGCAAAGAUUAAAAAUUGAACAGGAAUACAGCAAAGCCUUGGUUAAACUAGGAAAAUCAUCAAGUGCUAGUAAUGAACUUGGGUCAAUGAGGGAGGCAUGGGAUUGCUUACGUAGUGAAACAGAAAAAAUCGGAUUAGCACAUGUAGAGCUGGCACUGUGCUUACAAGAACAAACAGAGAGACUAAACAAGUUCUCGGAACAACAAAAAGCUGAGAGAAAAAGGAUUGAGGAGAAAGUCAAACACCACCAGGAUUUGAAGAAGAGCCAUUACAAUAAAGUGUUACAUAAUAAAAAAGACUAUGAGUCUAAAUGCAGAGAUGCAGAUAAAGCCAAGGAAACCUAUAAUGCUAUCAAACUUAAAGGUGAAGCUACUCAAAAAGAUUUAGAAAAAUUGGAAACAAGAAUGACAAAAAGUCGUCAAGCAGCCACCUCACAAGACCAGCAAUAUAAAAUUAGUGUAGAGAGCCUUGAAAAGGUGAGAAAGGAUUGGGAAAAAGAAAUGGCCAAUGGAGCAAAGGCCUUGCAGCAGAUAGAGGAAGAAAGAAUGCGUUUUACCAGACAGGAGCUAUGGUUUCAUACAAAUAUCAUAUCACAGGCCUGUGUUGAGGUUGACAGGGAAUGUGAGAAUGUCCGUAAUUCGCUUGAAAAAACAAGUAUACAACAGGAUAUUGAACUAUUUAUUAGAGAUCGUCAAACUGGCACUGAAAAGCCACGCCCAAUAGUUUAUGAAAGCUACUACAGUCAUGGCGAUGGUAGCAGAACAAUUAAUACACUUAGCAAUAGACCACCUGCUUUAGUUCCUCAAGGAGCGGACAAAGGGAGGACCAUGCCCCACAGGCAAAACAGUUCAAGUGGCAAUGCAGUCUACCACCUUGCAAGUAACACACCAAUAGAUGAUACAUAUGCAACAGUGGGCGAGAUUCAUAAUACAGGUACAACAACAAAGUCGGGGAUCAAUUACAAAAUAGUGCAUCAUUAUGCAGCCAAGGAUACCAGUCAGAUUAGUGUAUUUGUGGAUAAUAUUAUCUACGAUGUUAAACCAGUAGAUGAUAAAUGGUUAGAAGGACGGACAGAGGGUGGACGUAGAGGAUUAUUUCCAAAAUGGGCGAUAUCAGACAGUCCUAUUUCACUUUUAUAAAAGACUUGGGAGGAUUGUUAGUUGGCUCAUUAAGUCAUCCAAUCACAGGGCUCCAGAUAUCAUUCACGGUGUUCCCUUUUCUUCCAUUACAAUCAGCUUUUAGAUGCAAUAUGAUAUUUUGAAUUGUGAAUGCACAGUUCACUGUGGCAGAAACAACAAGAUGUGACGUCAGAACCUACUCAGAACCAGGUUAGCUGUUCAUCCUCUAUUGGAUAAUAACAUGGUUGCUGGUCUAUAGUUCAAAUUUGACUAGGCAAGUCCAAAACUUUCUAGUGCAUCCUGAGAGUACACAUCAGCUGUUAUAUGUCAAAAUAUAUUUACAUAUCAAGACUACAUUAGCAGUUUAGAAGAAGGAAAGGGAUGGUAUUGUACAUGUAUUACACAAGAGCUUCGUGAAACUCUUACACAUGGCUGGCAUCCAGGUUUUGUGUAAGGAUUGACACUGCAGUUAUUAAGGAUUUUAAUUUUAAAGUGGCCAGGGGAAUGAACAUGGUUUCUACAUGAACCCUUGAAUAUGAUAUAUAUGGCCAUGUGGGUUUGGUCCAUAUUACAGACUAAACUAAGAGAAAUAUAGAUACAUGUACUGUGUAUAUUUUUAAUAUAUGAUUAGCCAAAUGUUUAAGAUUUUCAGUGCCUUAACAAGUCUUUAAAAAGUCAUGAGCAAUAUAUAGACACAAGUCACAGGUUAUUGAAACAAUAUUUGAUAUUAUUCUUUGUAUUCUCAAAAGAGGCAUUUGUCAAAGCAAAGCUUGCACAUCGACAUGACAGUCAGAAAUGACGAUUUCUUCUAUUUUAUAACAGUUUUACAAAAUUUAUUAUUCUACACAAUUUUCUCUUAUCGAGUUAUUUUUGUAAAUGAUGUUUAACAUUUGGUCCGUCACAUUUGGUCAGUCACAUUUGGUCAGUCACGCUUUGGUGUGCACAUCUGUUUAUUAUCCAGGAUAUACAGUAUAUAUAACAUGUGAUUUUUAUUCUGUGCUUUACUGUACAUUAUGCCAAAAUUAUGUACAUCAUGCCACAAUUAUGUACAUUAUGCCAAAAGUAUGUACAUUAUGCCAAAAUUAUAUACAUAAUGCCAAAAUGAUUUUAGUGGCAGAUUACUAUGAAUGCAUUGUAUAACUACAUAUGGUGUGUGCGUGAAGGCAUUUAUCAUGAACAUUUUGGGUUUAAAACUUGACAUUUUAUAAAAAUGAGGGCAAAAUACAGGUCAAACUUCAUAGCAAUAAAUACUAAAUUGUGGGCAAAAGAUCACUCCCAAUCAUUGGUGAAUUGAAGUUCGGUAGGUUUUUCAUGAAAGCCUAAUGCUCUUUUCAUAAAGGGCUAUUCUCGGUUUGGAGAACGAAGUUCAUCACUCUAAUUGAGCAUUACCCCUGCUUCGGACAA